AUGAAGGAACUGCAAACACUUGUAUAUCUCAAGCUCAAAGAAGCUUUUGGGAGCUUCAGGGUUCUAGCUGGAAUAGAAGCACAUAAAGAAGUAACUAAGAUGAGCAAGAAGGAGAUUAAAUCUGUAGCUAUAAUAGGCGCAGGGGCUGCUGGCUUGACCUCGCUCUUUGAGCUACUUAACACUCGUAAGGAUGGAAGCACCAACUUACUUUAUAGUGCAGACGGAAAAUUUGACGAAGUAAACACGAAAGAAAAUACAGAUCCUGCAUUCCAAAAAGUAGUAGUUUUCGAGUUCAAAAACUCAAUUGGGGGGAUAUGGUCUCCAGAUUUCGAUAAUCCUGAUUUCAUUGACCAAAAGGACUUGGAUUCCGAGCGCUACAAUAAGCCUCUCGUUUUGAGACCCCCCACUGAGGCACCCACUGAGCUCUUUGACAAGGAAUCCUCUUUUUCGAAACCGUUGAUUAUUAAGGGCUCAGGUAGCUCAAGUUCAAAAACUUGGGCAGCCAGUGGUAUCUAUCGGCAACUGUAUUCCAAUGUUCCAGAAAGAUAUCUCCGCAAUUCCUUCAUACCUUACGAUGAAAACGCAAAGAAUCAAAAUCCAAACAUCGCUCCAUUAGUGAGUAAUUACUCCGUUACCAAUAGUCUUUUGAGCUUGGCUGAAAGACAUGGGCUUAAGAGAUUUGUCAGAGUCAACUCCGAAGUAGCGCAGAUCAAAAAGACCAGCGAUGGAUCUUGGAGAGUAACUGUGAAAAAAAGUGUAGAGGGCAGUGACUUGGUUCAUUGGUACAACGAGGACUUUGACGCAGUUUUAGUUAGCAAUGGCCAUUAUUCUAUUCCUUACAUUCCACUAAUCGAUGGUCUGUCAAAGUGGGUUGGCCAAUAUCCACACUCAGCGUUGCAUUCGAAGAGCUUCAGAAAUUUCGAUAAGUUCAAUAACAAGAAGUGCGUGUUCGUUGGAACAGGACUUAGUGGAAUCGAUAUACUACAGUAUGUUUUCCCAAUUGCUAAAAAAGUGAUAGUAUCCAGGACACCAAACAAGGAAGAAGUCUAUCCUUGGCUGACCAAGGCUGCAACUUCUGAAGGACUUAAAACGAAACCGAGAAUCAAAGAGUUUCAUCCGACAGAUAACCGCGAGGUAGUUUUUCAAGACGGUACUGUAGAAGAGGAUGUUGAUUAUAUCAUAUUUUCGACAGGAUAUCAUUGGCAUUAUCCAUUUUUAGAUGAUGAAGUGUCACACCUGAGUAUAAAAAAAUCAGGUCAAAAAGUUCUCGAAGACUCCGCGUCUAUGGUGGACGGGCUUUUUUUGGAUACCUUUUCUAUCGAUGAUCCAAGCCUCGCGUUUGUGGGUAUUACUAUCACACCUCUAAAGUGGCCUAGUUUUGAGCUCGCUGCUUCGGCUAUAGCGGGUGUUUGGACGAAUUCCUCUUCGCUACCGUCCAAAGACGACCAAUUGAGUGACAACGAACAAAGGAAAAAGGAAACGGGGGAGAACCUUUUUUUCCAUUAUUUUCCUCCUGAGAUCAUUAAAGAGCACUUGGCAAGGCUCGCGCCUUUCUUGCCCAAAGGCAGAAAAGCGACGGAUAUAAUAGAUUUAGAGCAUCUGUCAGAUUUCGAAAAGGCGGCUCAGGUUGCUGAACGAUUAUUUUAUCAGCUCAAGAAUGAGGAGAUACAGCUGAGAGAAACGUACGACGUUCAGACCAUUUGUUUCGUAGUUCUCCAGGUGUUGCACAUAAAUGUGGGGAAAUCCAUAAGUAGUGUGACUAAAGUGUUUACCACAGGAAUCGUAGUUCACUAG